AAUCGGGGUCACUUGGUCUUCUUCUUCGGGAUCACAUCACAUUCACCUUUGAUGACUAAAUGACUACCUGUGUGGAGAUGUAUGGAGCCAUUAAUCCCGUUACAACGUCAGCCAGCCAAACGUAUGUAUUUCUAUACACAAAUUUCUGUUAAGGAAACCUACCCUGGAAACGAAUCCUUCUUUUUCUCUGUGUAAAAUUAACCCUUGUACAAAUUGCAUCCAUCCCAUGCGUGAAAUCCUGCACAUGAUCUCGAUACCGUUUCAAGUCCUUCUCCCCCUUAAAACCCUCGCCUCUUUUGAAAUCUCACCCAUUUCGUGACAAAUCUUCGCCUUGUGAACACACCUCUAAGAAACACUGUUAUCAUCAUGAAGAACUUCGGCCUUAUCAUGGUCCUCGUGACCUUAUCCGCGUCCCUUGUCCUCGCCUCGCCCACCACGUCGACGAAGGAGCACAAGAAAAAGUUGAUGGAGAAGCUGCGAGCGGCGCUGAACGUGAGUGAGGCCGAGGUCGCGGCGGCCGCGGUGGCGUCGGUGUCAAUCCCUUCGACGGAGGAGCUGGCAGAGAUCGAGAAGGUCGUGACCCCGGAGGAAGAAGGGGUCGCUCCGGCGCAGGAUGAAGUGGGUGCGGUGCCAGCCGUGGUGGUGGUGGAGGGGGAUAAGACGACGACGGAAGUUGUGGCGACAAAUACGGGUUUUAUGGCCAGGUUUCGUUCCGCCCUGAAACGCAUCAUGGAACUUUUUGGCUUCCGGAGACGUAAGGAUGGCCGAAAAAGUCGUCUCCUCUCGUUCGACGACGACACUUCGAACGACCUCCUCGACCGGACCAUGGACCGCACCCCCGUCUACCAGGAAGAGGUGAGGACCACCGUGGGCGCCGUGUUGGGACAGAAGGAAUGCAUCCAAAAGGUCGCCUGCGUCUCGGGCUCGUAUCUCAACGGGGUCAAAGGAAAACAACUCAUUUUUGCCCUGCUCGACGUCUUCUCUCCCACCACGUGGAAGGAAACGGUCAAGAUUGCCAAACAAUCCGCAAUUUUUAAUGAAAGUUGUGACUACAAAUGUUUGGAGUGAUGAUGAUAACACACUUUUUUUGACGCCUCGUUCUCUAAUUAAUUAAUUAACU